AUGAGUAGCAGCUUUGAUUCUCAACGACACCAAACUUCCUUCAAAAGACCGCCGGCGCCGUCGCCGGCGCCGCCGUGGCAAGACCGGCGAUUAAUCACAGCCGUCGAAGCGAGUUUCUUCCACCUGCAUCCGACGGCCAAUCCGAAUCCGGCGAUUAACGCCUCCCCGCUGCAGCGCCAUCCAUCGUCGUCGUUCUUCGCCGACGACGACGAGCUGGUGGCGGCGGUGGUGCCGCCGGUGACGGUUGUGCUGGAAGGGCGGUGCAUCUGCCAGCGCAUCAGCCUCCAUAAACAUGGCAGCUACCAGAGCCUGGCGAGGGCUCUCCGCCAGAUGUUCCUCGACGUCGUCGCCGUCGCCGUCGCCGUCGACGGAUCUGAGGAUUCCGAUCACCGGCGUAGCUCCGCCGGCGAUGCUGACGUUGAUCUGGAGAACGCCAUUCCGGGAUACGUGAUCGCUUACGAGGACAUGGAAAAUGAUCUUCUUCUCGCCGGCGACCUUAACUGGAAGGACUUUGUAAGAGUGGCCAAAAGAAUCCGAAUAUUGCCGGCAAAGGCUAAGUCAAGAAAGUUACACAAAUAAUUGGACUAUAUC